AUGCUGCCCCAGAUUCAAUUCGUAUAUAAUGAUUCCACGUCCCACGUAGGAAAACUCUCAACAAUCUUUCGGACAGCAACCAUGCAAGGGUAUACGUACAACGGUCCUGUUGACUGCACUCGCCAACCCGACAGCAGCAAUCUCAAGGGGACGACUGCGAUCGUGACGGGGGGUGCCAACGGCCUUGGUGAGGCGUAUGUUCGCGCCCUGGUGGCAGCUGGAGUAAAUGUCUGCAUCGGAGACCUCAAUACCAAGCGAGGAAAGAAACUUGAGCUGGAACUUCCAGGCACGAAGUUUGUCCAAUGCAACACCGCAAACUGGGAUGACCAAGUCCGCCUCUUCCAAGCGGCCUCCAAACACUCUCCAACCGGGCGCAUUUCUUACGUGGUCGCGAACGCUGGCAUCCACCGUCCCGACGAAGUGUUCACCUACGACGGGGACAAUGCAGAGCCUCGAAAGCCUAACCUCAGCACAAUCGACGUGAAUGUCAACGGAACCCUCUACACGGCCAAACUCGCGAUGCACUACUUUGUCAAACAAAACGGACACACCCCCUCUGAGAACCAAGAAGAUACAUGCCUCGUUCUCAUCGGCUCUGGCGCCGCAUUCCUCGACGUCCCUCGAGCACCACAGUACGACGCGAGCAAAUGGGCGAUGCGCGGAAUUAUGCACUCAGUUCGUCGAACGGCAUAUCAUUACGGAAGUCGGGUCAAUGUGAUUAGUCCGUGGUAUGUGCGGACGAGUAUCCUGUCGGAGGAAACCUUCAACAGCAUUGAAGCCCUUGGUAUCCAAUUCGCAACGGUCGAAGAUGCCGGCGAGUGUCUGAUACGCAUUCUCAGCGAUAAGAGCAUUAACGGAAAGUCGCUAUUCGUGACGGCGAGAAAAUGGGCAGAGAGGGGAUAUAUGGACCUUGACCUGGAGGAUUAUGACGGGAUUGAUCUCUUGCAGGAAAUUCAAGAGGAGCAGAUGCGGUCUGCGCCGCCAGAGGCGGGUCUGUUCGUGUAG